CAGUCUCGCACUCGUCCUUUGCGACGCUCCCUGGGUCAUCAAUCCGCGGAUCCUUUGCCGGGUCCGGACAAUCAUUCGGAUCUGGCGGGCCAGCGCAGCCGGCCAUUUCCUACGGCACGCCAACGUCCCGGUUCCCUAGUACCCUUAGGGCAAUGCGCACCAUGACCCAGCCCGCGUCAUUCAUUGCACCCGCACUCACAACGAACUCCUUCAAACCUAUCUAUUCAACAAGUUUCAGCCAGGGUCAGGGGAUUUCCGUAUCACCUCCACCCAACCAGAACUACGGUGUGCCGCUUGCAGCCAGCCAAAGCUACGGGGCUCCGGCAACAUCCAGUCAGAACUUCGGUACACCAGCUACAGCCAACCAGAACUACGGGGUUCCGGCGGUAUCCACUCAGAAUUUCGGUACACAACCCACAGCCAAUCAGGACUACGGAGCCCCUGUAACAACCAGUCAGAGCUUCGGUACACCAGCUACAGCCAAUCAGAACUACGGGGCUCCGGUACUAUCCAGUCAGAACUUCGGUACACAGCCAACAGCCAAUCAGGACUACGGAGCUCCUGUAGCAUCCAGUCAGGACUUUGGUACACCAGUUACAGCCAAUCAGAACUACGGGGCUCCUGUAACGACCAUUCAGAACUUCGGUACAUCUAGUCAGAACCUUGGUGCACCAUCUGCAGGCAUUCAGAACUACAGGGCUCCGGCAGCCUCCAGUCAGAACUUUGGUACACAACCAGCAGUCAAUCAGGACUACGGGGCUCCCGUAACAACCAGUCAGAGCUUCGGUACACCAGCUACAGCCAAUCAGAACUACGGAGCUCCGGCAGUAUCCAGUCAGAACUUUGGUACACUAUCUGCAGUCAAUCAGAACUACGGGGCUCCUGCUACAACCAGUCAGAGCUUUGGUACACCAGCUACAGCCAAUCUGAACUACGGGGCACCGGCAGUAUCCAGCCAGAACUUUGGUACACUACCUGCAGUCAAUCAGAACUAUGGGGCUCCGGCAGCAUCCAGUCAGAACUUUGGUACACAACCAACAGCCAAUCAAGACUACGGGGCUCCUGCUACAACCAGUCAGAACUUCGGUACAUCCAGUCAGAGCUUUGGUGCACCAUCUGCAGUCAUUCAGAACUACGGGGCUCCGGCAACCUCCAAUCAGGAUUUUGGCACACAGCCAACAGUCAAUCAGGACUACGGGGCUCCUGUAACAACCAGUCAGAACUUUGCAUCCCUGAGUGGUAGCGGUACCGGACAGGCCGGCUCGGCGGGUUUGGGCUACACUUCAUCACCGGCAGGUGCUCAGCUCGGCGGUGGCCAGCCGGGGUCAACUUACGGCGCCCCGGGGCAAACCGGCGACCGGCUAGGGCCGGUGCAGCCCGUCGCGUCGCAGCCGGCGUUCGCUCAGACGUACAGCCCGGACCAGGGGUACGGCGCGCCGGCAGGCGAGCUUAGCUCUGCGCAGAGCCUUAGGACCUACGGAGGCCCGGGUGGAGCCCCGGGGCAGGGCUCCGGAACGAACGCGCUGGCCUUCGGAGCCCGGAAUCAAGGACAAAAGGCGGGAGGUGCUUCGUCCCCAAAAACUUUCCAGUCAACCCGCCAAGAUUCGCUUCCAACGAGCACAGCGAGCACAGAUGGCGCUGAAUUCGCCCAAACUUCUCCGGGCGUUUCUCCCGGAUCCCGGCCGUCCUCCGGCAGUACCUCAGUGUCCGUCCAGUCCGUCGCGGGGGCCACGACCUCCGCGCGGCCCGAGUCGACGACGGAGGGUGGCGGCUUCCGGACGACCGUCUCCUACUCAACGACGGGCGUCGGCUCGAGUCAGGGCUCAACUUCGACUUCGACCGUGGGGUCGAGUACCAGGUCCAGCACUGAGUCCAGCUUCAGCACCAGCACUGGAUCCAGCGCGGGGACCAGCAUAGCAUCCACCACGAGUUCUGGCUUCGGCACUAGCGCUGGCAGCAGCGCAGGGUCCAGUACCGCGUACAGUACAAGCUCUGGCGUUAGUUCCAGCACUAUCCCCAGUUUGAGUUCGGACAACGCCUUCAGACAGGCUGAGAACUCAGACUUAGGCUUCGCUUCUAGCUUGCUCAGCGUAGGUUCCAAUUCCGAGUCAAGCCUCCACACCAGCACUCUGUCCAGUGUCAGCUCCAGUGCCGGCCCCAGCUCCACUUCCAACAACUUCCUGACGACCACCGACGCCGCCCCGACGUCGACCUCGUCUGACGGCGUGCAAGGAGCGCUGGACAGCGCGUUUGGCGUUUCCGAGUCUCAGAGCGGGCCCGACGCCGGACUGGCGAGUCUGCUCGGCGCCAGCUUCGACGACGCCUCGAUCCGCGAGUCGGUCGAGUCGAGCAUCGAGGCGGCGACGGCCGGCGGCGCGGCGCUGCGCCCCUCCGGCGACCUCGACAGCCCCGAGCUGGAUGCGCUGCGUGGUGGCGCCUUCCUCGUGGACGGCAUGACUGUCACGCCGGACGGCCUCCUCACCCUGGAGCUGGUUCGCACCGAGCCGCCGCCCGAGGCUAUUGCCGCGGCCUCGACGGCUGGAUACAGCUACCAGAACCCGGAGAGGUCAGUCACAGCCGCCGAGGGACGCGCCCAACAGGCGAUGUCACAGGACAGUGGAACGACAACGGUGACGUCACUGGUCGAUGAUCAAUCAGCGUCGGCGCUGCUCGAGUCGGCCGCGCUGGACAGCAAUUACCUGCCACCUGGUGGGCAGCCAGCGAAACAGAGUCGCAAGCGAAACGUCUACUGGUCGCGUUGGCUGCCAGGCAGAUUCGCCCACUGAAUAGGCCAUCAGUAAAGAGCUCCGUGCUGAGACCGAGCUCUUCUGCUGCUGUUUUGGGCUGGUGAAGCAAGAAGGGGCUCAUGCCUUCACCUAGGCAUGCCUAGAACAACCAAACGAGCGAGGGAGAGGUGUCAACAGCGGCACAGCCGCCCUCAACGCAGGAAUAUACGUUGUCUCACCAGGGUAUGAGAGUUGUAGUUCACAUGCACGCAAUGAUGGAGAAAAGGAAGAGCGAAGACGAAGUGUACAGGUAUGUGUACCCGCUAAAUGUGCUUUUGCUGAUGGAAAUGAAUGCAUCGUUUAUGUACAGCGAGGUCAUCCUUUGAGCGGAGCAUGAACACGAAAGCAUAGUGUUAAGAGUGGCCAAUGUGUUAUCUUCUUGGAGUCAAGUGUCCCUCGAGUGUUGAUGUCAUUUUUCCGUCCCAACUGAUGGGAUGUUUGUUUGGUUCCUGAUUUACCUGCAUAGCAUUCUGUACCUAUCUAUGAUGGUUUCGUCGCUGUGACUGCAUUUAAAACCCUGUGUUGGACAUGUUAUUUGCCCUCGAAUACUGUAAUAAUUUUCCAUACAUUUCCUAUUGAGUGUGAUCUAUCCAAUGUCUGUAUCUCUGUCCAGUGGAGGACAUUGGUGUUUUGUAUUACGGCUGCCAAUAACCUGUACAAAUGUACAAUAAACUAUGUAUA